GCUAGAAAAGCCCGAGUGCCAGGGUCAGCUCAGUGAGGGCGGGGGAUGGCGAGGCCCACCGAUUGCCUAGCUCGCGUUGGGAAACGCAGGCGUGAGCCGGGCAGGCAGGCAUAGGUGUGUUAUGAGAGCCAGGCAGGCAAACGAACGCGAAGAUUUUUCACUCGUAGGUGCCCAUUCUCUCUCCCCCCCUUUUCGACCGCGCGUCCUGCCGUACCCCCCCCGAGCUCCUCCGCUGCCCCGCUUCCGCGCUCGCGCGCUCUCCGCUGUCGCACCCGGCGCUUUCUCCGCGCGUGUCAAUCCUUGUAGCAUCAAAGCUGCGAACAGGCAGAAAAUGAUAGCGCAGACUGCCACUGCCAUUUCUGGAACCCUCUCUGCCGGUUGUGCUACAUCAGGUGCUCUCGGCGUGCAGCAGGAGGGCCAUCACAGGCCAGAUGUCAACGGAGCUAGCGUGCCGUGCCUGCUAGGAGGAAGGAGCAACGGAGCAGGACAGAUGAUGACUUAGUUCGAAAUGCUGGGAGCGCGUGGAGGUCUGUCGAAUGCUGGGAGCUGUGUCGUGCUUCAGAAGUCAUCUGGGGGGUGAGUGAGCUGGCAGGUUGGGAGAGGGGAGCGCAGGGUCCAGAGGCAGGUGGGACUAUGAACAACAAUAUUGUACGGUGCUGAGUACAAGACAGCUUCCUUGGAGUUCUGGCUUGUCAUAUCAGGGAGGGGUGGAGGAGUGUCCCUUCAAGCCUGAGGAUGGUUGAACUCAAGGGGGAUGACGAUACUCCAGCUUCUACAGAUCCAAAUCCUCCAGACCCGGAUGACAGGGAGCCUGAAUUUGUGGAGGUGGAUCCCACGGGUCGGUAUGGGCGGUAUGAUGAAAUUCUUGGCAAGGGUGCGUUCAAGACGGUGUACAGAGCGUUUGAUGAAGUGGAUGGAAUAGAAGUUGCCUGGAAUCAGGUGAAGAUCCAGGAUGCGCUCCAAAAGCCUGAGGACCUCGAACGGCUUUACUCGGAAGUGCACUUGUUGAAGACCUUGAAACACAAAAACAUCAUCAAGUUCUACAAUUCAUGGGUUGAUACGAAGUCUAAGAAUGUCAAUUUCAUCACUGAAAUCUUCACCUCUGGCACUCUAAGGCAGUACCGAAAGAGGCACAAACAUGUGGAUAUGAAAGCUGUGAAGAGCUGGUCACGACAGAUUCUCAGAGGGUUGUUGUAUCUGCACAGUCAUGAUCCCCCAAUUAUCCAUCGAGAUUUGAAGUGUGAUAACAUCUUUAUAAAUGGGAAUCAAGGUGAGGUGAAAAUUGGUGAUCUGGGGCUAGCAGCCAUUCUCCGCCAGGCUCAUGCUGCUCACAGUGUUAUAGGCACACCUGAAUUCAUGGCACCCGAGUUAUAUGAAGAAGAGUACAAUGAACUAGUUGACAUCUAUUCAUUUGGAAUGUGCCUAUUGGAGAUGGUCACGUUUGAGUACCCGUACAGCGAAUGUAAUAACGCUGCUCAGAUAUACAAGAAGGUGAUAUCUGGGAAAAAGCCUGCUGCCUUGGACAAGGUGAAGGACCCUGAGGUUCGUGCCUUUGUGGAGAAAUGCUUGGCUGGGGCCUCGUGCCGCCUUCCUGCUCGCGAGUUGCUAGCAGACUCUUUUCUUAGAUCAGAUGAGCCCGAGGAUGCGCUCUUGAUCCCUGCUAAGCCACCUCGGAUUUCAUACCCCGAUCCCAGGAGGGAAUUGGAUAACAGGAUCCAAGGCAAAGGGGAUACGGACAACCGGCAACCAGUGAAGCAUGUUCAAGACCGCGCUGUGACAGACCCAAAGCUGCCUGAAGCGGAGGAUACACAGCGUCUUGAAUUGAAGAGACAGGAAGAGACAAACACGAGUGACCAGCGCAGGCUCAGUCGAACAUCAUCAAGGCGCAUGAUUGUCAAAGGGAGGAGACGGCCAGAUGACAUUUACAUGAGGCUGACGAUUCCUGACUUGGAGGAGAACAAAGUGCGGAACAUUCACUUCUCCUUUUUACCUGACCAAGACACAGCAUUGGAUGUAGCGCAAGAGAUGGUCGCCGAGCUGGAGCUUCACCGUUCAGAUGUGUCAAUCAUAGCACAGAUGAUCGAUGCUGAGAUUGCAAAUCUUGACAGUGAGUGGGACCACGGUGCUGAUGUUACACCGAAUGAGCAUAACGGGGAAGAGAGUGAAAUUGAAGUUUUCGUGGGUCCGUCCUUCCCUGGCACUGCUGACGAUGAUCCACGUCCCUUGAGAACUGGAUCGGGUUCCAGCUCACCAUACAUGUACCCAAGUCGAUCCCCUCAGGGGAUUCUUCACGAUUCAGACUCUGGUCAGAAAUUGGGACCUCAUCCUCACCACUCAUAUGACCAUCCUUCACUUCAUGAAAUGAGCUCGCCCACGAGAUGCCAAUUCCACUAUGGCCGGUUUGCAGAGGUCACAUACGAACAUCCCCAUCCUAAAUCCAUGAAUUACUGGUACGAACAACGAUCCUCGGGAUAUUUGUCCGAGUCCUCAGGUGAGGAUGACCUUGUUCAUCAGCCGGGUGAACCAGGGCAAGGGCAAGGAAACCGCGAAGCAAUAAUGCUUUGGAAUAGAAGUCGUAGGUCUGACAUGUUGUCGGAUGGGAAAGGCUCUUUGGCCCGCUUUAGUGAUCCUGAUGACGAUGACGAAAACAAUGAAGCCUCUGCCUCUGCCUCUGCACGUAGUCAAAAGCAGGGGAGCUCUGUCAGUGGUAGGAAGAGGAAAAAUCAGAUGUGGAAAAGUGAUCAGAAUGGUCAGGGAUGGGAUUUGGGUAUUCCGACCAGGUUUCCCCCCAGCAGUAUCAGAGGGAUGCCCGAGGGGCUGUCUGAGAAUGAUUAUCCGGAGGAGGAGAACAUCAGGAACAGGAAAUCGGAGCACGUCAUCAACCAAUUCAUAUGGGGUGUGGAGAAGGGUGAUGAGAUGGACGAGUUUAGGAUAGAGAUGGAGAAACUGGAACGCAGGCACGAGCAGGAACUACACAAGCUUCAACGGAGGCAUGAGGAAGAGCGGUUAAGAUUGCACGACCGCUUGCUGAAGUCGGAUCGGAGGAGCAUGGAAUCGCAUGCCGAUCGUCGGUCUGCUGCCGGUGUAGAAGUUUCUCCGAAGUACAGCACUGGGAAUACACACCCAACGUCUCCUCCAAAGCCUGGGCAUACAAGUUGCAUGACAGCUACCGUUGCCAAUUCAAAGGAACUGCUGAUUGAAGGCCGCAUACGUGGAAGUGAGCAUGGAAAGAAUGCAUUCAGAGAAUUCCAUGCCGGGAAAGAUCGGUCCAGCACAGCCAGUGUGUCUGGAAAGGGAGGAGAUUCUUAUUCAAGCCCUUUGGGAGUGCCACUGCAUCUUGAUAGCAGGGGUCCUGUGAACUCUUUGAAGAGUGGUAAGCCAUCAUCUCGAAGCGGAGGAAGUAGCUGGGAAGAACCAAGUGGUGCCAACGGGGAUGCCAGGCAGAAGAGGUCCUCUGGCAAAUCUAAUAGUAGUCUCGGCAAAGCAGACGAGUUCUCCAUCAGGGCCGAAUCUUCAAUGAAGCAGGGUCAGUACUGGAGUGGCCGUGACAUCAGGCCUUCCGUAGGCAGUGAAAGCAUGGGAAGUGCAGGCGACAGAGCGGGCAAGCGCUUGCAACAGCUUUCAUCUGCAAGGUUGGAGGAAGCAGCGUACUCUCACUUGGCUAAGGAUGCCAGCGUUCUGGAAAGUCACUUUGAACAUGACGAUCACCUGAGUGGAGCUCCUUCCUGGGCAGAUUGCCAAGCUUACUUCAGUGAGCCUGAGAACCUACCCGUAAGAAGCCAGGGGAGGAUGGGGAGGGUAAGUGAAGAUUCCGUGAGAUAUGAACAGGGAUUGCUUUGGGCAGCACUUGAGCUCCACCCCACAUCUCCUCACGCACACUAUCUCUGCCAUGGUCUUCAAGGACGUGCUGGGCAAAUCGAUCUGUCCAUGCAUUGGGGCCCGCAUCACUAUGGUGGUGCUGUUGACAGGCAGGGGCAUAGAAGAAUGGGGACUCACUAUGGCGGGCAAGUGUUGAGGCCAGGCAGUCUGGGAGAGGGGCGAGUCUCAUCGGCGGUAGGUAUGAAUGAUCAAGCUUUGCAUUACUAUCCAUUAUCCCGUGGGGGGGCCUCACCUCGUGUGGAUUUUCUGCCGACACUCCAAGGUGGACGGGUUUCUAUGAAUGAGCCUGGAUUCCUGGAGGCCAGCAAUGAAUGGGACUGGUAUGGUGGUUACAGGGAAGAUGUUGGUCACAGGGUGAGGGACUUCGGCCAUCAAAACGAAUUUCCUUCUGACUCGCUGAGGGAUCCUUUGUGUCCAAGCUAUGUCCCGAAGAUGGCAAUGAAAUCUAGUUCCAGAAGGCGAGAGGCUCAACCAGACACAUGGCUGCUGAAUGUGGGAGACAUAGCAGGCGAUAUAGGAGGAGUGAACUGGGAUUUUCAAGGGGGAACCCAUGCAGAGGUCGAUCAUCAUGGGGUUGCCAGGGCUUUAUUAGAGGGAGGGGAUGGAUGUGAUGUAGAUGCAGGGUACGCAGGCGAUGGCCAUAUCGGGGACUUAGACUCUGUGGAUGGGUCUGAUGAGAGUCUUACAGCUGGCACUGGUGAACAAAUCACUGAUGUGAAGAAUGAUUCCUUUGCCACAAGAAUGUCAGUGCCAGUAGCUAGAAUACGAAACCUUAAGACAACACCUCCUCAGGUCCAAAGGGAAAGAUCGACUGUGCAAGGAAGAACGGGAGGCCCAAAGCUUUCUGGGCCAAGGGGGCCGUGAGCCACAUCCUCUUCCGGCAUAUUCUGUAUGUAUGGUAAAAUGUACCAAAAUUUCUGAAAACGAAGGCAGCCCUCGGUUGUGAAUUCAAUUGAGGGAUAUCUAUCUCUGUCUGCAAUUUUACUGGCAGCUGAGAACAGAGGAACAACAGUUGCACCAAGUAUAUUCUUAUCUGGAUUGGAAACCAGUUAGGAGGAGCAUUUCUUUGUGAUUGCUGUUGCUUGUAGCCCUCUUUAGUUGCGUAAUUCAUAUCAAGCAGAGCAACUCACUGGCUACAGCUAAGUGAGCUGGGUGGUGUCACCAGUUGUCACUGGUGGCAUCCGGAGCAUGCUUUUGGUGUACAGCGGUCAGCAAACUGGUAGUGAUAGAGAUGUUUGGUAUGCAUUUUAGGAAAACCCCUCUCAAUGCGUGGUGGGUGUACGAGUGUGUGGUGGCAAUUCUCAAAAGUCGGUGCCUGUUUCUUUCCUCGUGUAUACAAUGUCAGAUUGUUCAUAAGAAUCACUGAAUUUCACUCAAACUUGUCUAUUCAGGUGAGCAAUGCUGAACGGUGGCAUUAACACCUCGUUUGAUCGCUCAGAAGUCAACACCGAGUAUACCCUAUCUGUGACAGACAAAGUACAGCUGAAUUCUGUGAAAGUGCACUGCACAAGCAAGUCAGGUAGGCGUGCAUUGGCUGCCUGCUCGAAUCUCAGGGAUGCGUUCACAACGGGGAAGAAAUGCAACUAAACACCACACACGCAGAAUCAAUUGGUGUGCUGGAUGUGUGCAAUGAGGCGUGUGAUGCCAGCUUGUAGCGUUGAAGGAAGCAAGCCAUCUAUGAUAUGCUCUGCAAUCAGUGCAGUGUUAGUUUUCCCUUUACAGAAGGCUCGUCUAGUACGUCUACAGGCUGCGUGGUGGGACAUUUGGGAAACCGUUGACUGCAGUUUGGUUCAGCGGUCUAUCCUCUGAUUGUGGAGGGGCGUCGCAGUUAGAUGUGUCGACUGCUUGAUGGAAGUAGGGAAAAAGCAUAUCACAUGCUGCUUCUCCCCAUGGUGGAAUGUGAAGUGAAAGCUCCCUGUAAAUGUGAAAAGAAACGAGUCCAGUGAUUAUGGAGUGCAUUCUGUCCCAUCUGGAUGAAACUGCACGACAUGUCAUUUUGGAAUGCAGUGCAGUACAAGUGAUGCAGAACACCAGCUUGCCCUUAUGAAUUCCUCAGGAGCCUGUUGCUGGCUGCAGUACUUACCGAUGGGCUGCGGAGGAGGAUGUGGAGUCUGUUCCGGGCUUUCGCUUUCCUCUCAAUAUUUCGUACUGUCCUCUUUGGUCUCUCUUUUCUUAUUAGGAACUGCCGUUUGGGAAUGCAAGAUGGCAUUACGUGAGCACAUCUGGAGCCCUGUGGCUGGUAUUCAGGGUUGAAGUGGAGGGGGAUGAUGUGUGCUCUCUCUUUGCUCUGCCUACACUGCUGUCUUUGUGUUGAUGUCUCAUUAUCAACAUGAAAAGCAGUGGCUUCUUGUAGUUGAGCAGGACUGUGGUCCCUUUUCUGUAUUUUAAAGUUUAACUAUUUCGUGAUUUUUGAAGACAAGCCGGGAACUGUACCUACAUUGUGACUGAGUUGUCUAUAUGUAGAACUGAUGCCAAUCAGGUCAUAAAAUCAAAUCAUGUUGGGCACAACAAUCUUACGGAUACCCCCCUCCCCUCAUAACUCCCCCGCCAAUGUAGCACAUGCUGUCCAGGGAACCUGGGUUGUACGAGCCGGACAGCUAUUGGACAAAUCUGGGAAUCGAGACAUCUUUUCAG